AAAUAAUCAGCAUAAGAUCCAGUCAAAAUGACUUCACUACGAGAGCUGGUCCCAGCUGAUCUGUUCAAGUUCAACUCGAUUGUCUUUGAUCCUUUUGUGGAGGGCUACCACAUGAACUUUUAUUUGCGGAAGAUGAUCCAAAAUCCAAAGCUGUGCCAGGUGGCAGUUGCGCCCGAUGAUCGUCUCAUUGGUUUGCUGGUGUCCACCCGCGGUGUGAGCAAAAACAAAAUUGGCGAAGAGUUUCGUCCAACUUAUGGACACAUUUCCUUGUUGGCUGUGGCCGCCGACUAUCGUCGCCUGGGCCUGGCAACGUGCUUGAUGGGACAGUUUACGGAGACCGUAGAGCGCUAUGCGGACUGGUAUGUGGACCUCUACGUGCGCCCCAGCAAUCUCACGGCCAUGCAGCUCUACGAGUCCCUGGGGUUUGUCAAGUUUCGUUGGUUGUCCUAUUUCUAUGAGAAUGAACAUGGCUACGAAUUGCGAAUGCCCUUGUGCCGCGAUGUGGAGCGGAAGUCACUGAAAGGCAUUACAAAGUACAGAUUCUAUUGGCUCUACCAGUUGCCGUAUGCGCUAUUCAAGGAGUUUCUGAAGGGACUGAAGGUUCUUUUUUUCUGGUAACACAAAUAAAACAUUAACAGAGAC